AUGGCACCGGCAUCCCGUCUGCUCGCGACUGGCCUCGCCGUCGCCCUGUAUGGCAUCGGCGCCCAGGCUGACGGCACCGGCCUCAUCGGCUGGGGCAAGACGCUCUACGACCCAACCUGCUCCUUCGCCUGCCGGAACGUCGUCAGGAAGCAGUCCCUCGCCUGCACGCCCGUCGACUCGACCGCGAACCACGGCACUGCCCACAACCCCGUCUCGACACCGCCCGGCUGCUUCGUCAAGGACCGCGUCUUCCUCCUCACCAUGGCCCUCUGCAUCGACACGUACUGCCCGCUGAGCGAGAACCCACCCAUGGCCAAGCUCGAGGACUACUGGGCGUCCCACCUGGGCACUGGAACGCUGGGCAAUUACAAAUAUGUUCCGGUCAUGACAUACCACGAGGCCCUGGCCGCCGCCCGGGAGGAAGAGGCCAUGGCCGCCCAACACACCAACACCACUUCCUCCUCCGGGUCCGGGUCCGGGUCCGGCCAAGAGCACAGCACCCACGGAAGAGGGCUGCCCGCUGCACGACUCACAGCCCGUCACGAUCACGGCACCGCCAUGGACUCCGGGGGCAUGGCCGUUUUCAACGUGUCCAGCCCGCUGCCCAAGGCGGCCGGCGGCUCCAAGCCGCUCAACACCACCAGCUUCGUCGGCCCGACCGAAUGGCAGCUGCAGUGGAACUACAUGCACGACUUCGAGGUGAACGAGGCCGGCCACUCGACCGUGACCAUCGUCAUCGCCAUCGUCGCCGUGUUCCUCCCCGUCGCCCUCUCGCUGCUCCGCUUCGUCCCGGGCUUCACAACGACCUACGCCUGGACGUACUGGCAGACCCUGCUGAUCCACCCGGCCGUGUUCGGCCGGCGUCACCGCGAGCCCGUCGCCGGCGUCGGCAACGUCCCGACGCGCGGCCAGGCCCUGUACAUCCUCGUCAUCAGCUUCCUCAACAUCAUCCUGUGGCUCGGCCCGUACACCGUCCACCAGCCGCAGGCCAGCUUCACCUCGCUCAAGAUGCAGAGCAUCAGCAUCAUCGGCAACCGCGCCGGCGUCAUGGCCAUGGGCAACACCGUCGCCCUGUUCCUCUUCGCCGCCCGCAACAGCGUCCUGCUCCACGUCACGGACUGGAGCUACAGCACCUACCUGCUCCUCCACCGCUGGCUGGCCUACUGGGCCGUCUUCCACACCGUCGUCCACUCCUUCAUGCUGCUGGCCAACUACAUCCUCAAGGGCUCCUACGAGGCCGAGCUGGCCCGCGAGUACUGGGUCUGGGGCAUCGUCGGCACCGUCGCCGUCAGCGCCAUCCCCCUCUUCUCGCUGCUGUGGGUGCGCCGGCGCUUCUACGAGUUCUUCCUCGCCUCGCACAUCGUCCUGUCGCUGCUCUUCAUCGUCGGCUACUACUACCACAUCUGGUACGUCUACGGCUACAACUGGGGCUACGAGAUCUGGAUCUUCGUCGCCGGCGGCAUCUGGGGCGCCGACCGCCUCUUCCGCCUCGUCCGCACCUUCUGGCAGGGCCUCCAAUGGGCCACCAUCACCGCGGUCGACGACGUCGAUGGCGAGUACAUCCGCAUCGAGGUCGACGGCAAGCGCCUCGACAGCGGCGUGGUCUAUCUCGGCUUCCCGACCCUCACCUGGCGCUUCUGGGAGACCCAUCCCUUCUCCGUGGCCUAUGCCGAACCGGCGGCGGCGGCGGCGGUGGGCGGCAUCAGCACCAGGCCCGGGGCUCACCAGCCAGGAGAAGAAGCCCUUUCUUCGACCAACCCGGACAAGACAACAACAUCAACAACAAACAACACAACGCCCUCGGCCGCCGAAGCGGACCCCGAAAAGUCCACGAGCGUGUUCCAGAGAUCAGGCGGCAGCAGCAGCAGCAGCAGCAGCAGCGCCGCACCAAGGGACUCCGACGCCACAGUCUUCUACUCCCGCACCCGCGGCGGUAUCACCGGCGUCCUCGCCGCCAAGGCAUCCCCUUCUGCCCGGGUCCGCGUCCUCCUCGAGGGCCCCUACCACCACUCGGGCCACGUCUCCCCCCAACUCGCCCACUGCACCGACAUGCUCUGCAUCGCCGGCGGCGUGGGCAUCACCGCCUGCCUCCCGUUCGUGCGUCACGGCCCGCCGGCGGCGGCGGCGGCGGGGGGGGGGAGCACCAAGCUCUUCUGGUCCAGCCGGCACCAGGGCCUCGUCACGGCUCUCGCGCCCGCCAUCGACGGCCUCCCGGGUAGCGUGCAGGUCGAGACCGUCGUGGGAGAGAGGCUGAAGCUGGAGGCGAUCAUCACCAGGGAGAUGGUUGCGGGGCCGGGCCCGUUGGCCAUCGUCGUCUGCGGGCCGCCGGGCAUGGCGGAUGAAGUGCGCAGCAAGGUUGUCGAGGCGGCGCGGGCGGAUGUGAGAAGCAGGCCGUACGUCCUGGUGGACGAGGCGUUUUCGUGGUAG